CACAUAGGAGCGGGUACAUGCCGUGGUUCAGCUUUAGGUCCGCGUCCAGUCGGCACAAGGAGCUUCUUGAUCCGGAUACUGGUACUGGUACUGGUACUGGUACUGGUACUCAGCGUUCCGGACCACCCAAGGAUUCUCCUAAAGAAGCUGCUAAAGAAGCUAAAGAGUUGAGAAAAAAGACACUGAAGAAAAAUGCAACACCAGAGAAAGAUCAGGACAAGCCUAAAGAACUUCAGUUCUACACACAGCUGGCACAUGGUGGAUCCACCAAGAGGAUCAACACUUUCCUCUCUCUAAAGGAUCUAUACACUAAACUGGCAAUCGAGCUAGAGAUCGACAUAAGGAAGAUAAUGUUCUGCACUCUGAACACACCUAAGAUAGACAUGAGGAACCUGUUGUCGGGACUGGUGGUUUAUAACGACUUUAUAUUCGUACACAUCCAGGGUCAAGUUAGAGAGGCACAUGUCAAGAAGGAAGAAAAAGCGCUGGGAAUAACUAUCACUGAUAACAGCAUGGGGUGUUGCUUUGUAAAGCGGAUCAAGCCGGGCAGUGUAGCUGAGAAGUCAGGACAUAUACACGUGGGCGACCAGCUUUGUAAACUCGGGGACGUGUCUCUUGUCGGGUCCAGACACUACGCAGUAGCUGCUAAACUUAGGGACGUUCCCGUAGGGGGCAUGUUGGACCUGGUUCUGAUAGAACCCAAACAAGGGUUCGACAGUAACCUGUGUCCUAGACGAGCCCCCGCUCUCACCUCCACCACCUCUAACGACUCACUCCAGAGACCUGAUGAGAAAGACGGUAAAAUGGGGAAAACUGUACAGGACGGGAAAGCAACAGUGCGGAUAAAGUCGGACGGAACGGUCCAGGAAGCAGUGACUUGUAGCUGGCUGGAAGCAGCUAAACUCAAGGUCGACGACCUGCUAGAGUCGUACAUGGGAAUAAGAGAUCUAGAGUUAGCUUGCACGCUGCUGGAGACUAGUGAUGAUAAUACUACUAAAGAUGACUUUGCUAAGGAUAUCAACGACAUGUUGGGAGAAUUUGACUUCCCAGAGGAUUUCAUCGAAAGUGUGUGGACGGUUAUCGAGGAGGAAAGAGAAAGCGGAACAGCUCAAAACUAAGUGACCAAGGAAAAAGUACACCAAAUAAACUUGAAAAUGUAUUGGAUGAUGAAACAUGAUGGAUCAUGUAAAACACCAACAUCAUUCUACCGGAGAACGAGCUUCAAGCCUGCUUUUACGUUUUAAGGCUUGGAAUAAAUAUUGAAUAUAUCCCACUCGUUAAAUAAGAACUGCUAUGUAACAUGACAGACAGUUAGUUGUGCGAUCACGUGCUCGAUUGUGUGAUCACGUGCCCGAUUGUGUGAUCACGUGCCCGAUUGUGUGAUCACGUGCCCGAUUGUGUGAUCACGUGCCCGAUUGUGUGAUCACGUGCCCGAUUGUGUGAUCACGUGCCCGAUUGUGUGAUCACGUGCCCGAUUGUGUGAUCACGUGCCCGAUUGUGUGAUCACGUGCCCGAUUGUGUGAUCACGUGCCC